UUAUGACAUUUAGUAGUACAUAAUUCGUACCUUGGUCAAGGUUUUGUUUAUAUGAAAAAACUUGGGUUUUACGAUAAAUUCUCAAUAAUUACUAGGUAAUAUUGUUUUAUCAGACAUCCAUUAGCUAAGUGUUGUAAAUACGAGCGAUAAAAAAGCUGUCGUACCUGUAUUUUUUGUACAAUUUGAUGGUUGAGUAGGUAUGCACUGGAGUGUUUUUGAUAAGCUUAUCACACCUAUAAGACACUGCCGGCUCGCUAGGUGUGGACGUGUUUCGUGUUAAAUCUUUUAAAUAAAUAACAAAAUUAUAACUGAAAAUGUCCGGCGAGGGUUCAAGCAUGAAUGGAAACAGGAAGGUGGCGUUAAUCACUGGUAUAACUGGACAGGAUGGAUCAUAUCUUGCAGAGUUCUUGAUAGAGAAAGGUUAUGAAGUUCAUGGAAUACUCAGAAGAUCAUCUUCUUUUAAUACAGGUCGCAUUCAGCAUUUAUAUGGACAGCCAGCGUGCCACACAGGUGGACAGAUGCAUUUACACUAUGGAGACCUCACUGACACAACCUGCCUUAUUAGCAUUAUAACUAAGAUAAGACCCAAAGAAAUAUACAAUCUAGGAGCCCAAUCACACGUCAAAGUGUCCUUCGAACUAAGCGAGUACACGGCGCAAGUCGACGCUCUUGGUACUCUGAGGUUAUUAGAAGCCGUCAGAACUGCGGGGUUAGAGAAAGAGACCAAGAUAUACCAGGCUUCCACCUCGGAGCUUUAUGGGAAAGUCGUGGAAGUUCCGCAGACUGAAAAGACGCCGUUUUACCCCCGAUCGCCAUACGCAUGUGCGAAGCUAUACGGCUAUUGGAUAGUGGUAAACUACCGAGAAGCGUACGGCAUGUUUGCAUGCAACGGUCUGCUCUUCAACCACGAGAGCCCGCGCCGAGGGGAGAACUUCGUGACGAGGAAGAUAACUCGCGGCGUGGCCAAGAUACAGCUUGGCCUCAUGAAGACUCUGGAGCUGGGGAACCUGGACAGCAAGAGGGACUGGGGACACGCCAAAGAUUAUGUUGAGGCUAUGUGGCUAAUGCUACAACAAGAGGAACCAGAAGACUUCGUGGUCGCGACCGGGGAAUCGCACAGUGUGAGAGAAUUUGUGGAGAAAUCCUUUGCAUACGUCGGGAGACAAGUGACAUGGAAGGGCACAGGCGUGGACGAGACCGGCCAUGAUGCCGACACGGACGACUUGCUGGUCACUGUCAACCCUAAAUACUUCCGACCUACUGAAGUGGACCUACUUCUUGGGGAUCCAUCGAAAGCUAAGCAGAAGCUAGGCUGGACCCCACGCGUGACCUUCGACCAGCUCGUCAAAGACAUGAUGGAAGCAGACCUCCAGCUCAUGAAGAAGAACCCGCAAGCGUAGAACUAUAGCUCGUGAGAUUACAGUCAGAAUGGGUAACAUUAGAGCUUUAAGGUGACAUUGAGACUAGCUGAGAUCUAUAGAGCAACUAUGUCCUUGCUCAGAGUUAAGUUUCAGUUAAAACGAGACGAAUUUAUACCAGCGAUAUAACGCUGUCCCGUUUUAACAGUGUAUUAAGCCCGAGCAAAGUAGAAGUGCACUCUGUAAUGUUCGUAUUUUAACAUUCGGAAAGUUGGUUCUUCAACUACCUCAUAAUAUGGCCUCAACUCUUGACUGUAGUUGUAUUAUAUUUGCAAAAAACUUUGAGGGAUAAAUCGUAAUUUUUAUUUUACAAUAAUCCAUAAGCUAAGUGUCCAAUAGCAAUAAAACUUGCAGAACCAGCUGUCAUUGUAAUGUCAAACGUCAAUUUAUACAAGUUUUUAGUUGCCAAAACUAAGCUAAAAGUGAGUGGUUGGGAUUGAUUACAUAGAUCAAGUGACUUGCCAGAGCUAACGUCUGCAAGUUCUAUUGCUAGUGGGACACUAUUGACCUACCAGUUAAAUACAUUCCGAAGUUUGAGAUAUUGUAGAAAACCGUAUACUACAAAGCGCCAUGCACACAUUGACCCAAUGCUCGGCCAAUGCACUUGGUGAACGUGCUACAAUGACCGGUUAACUGCUUGAGUAAAAAGUAGCGAGUAAAGUUGGCGACAAGGGCUAACUGUUCAACCAAUCGUGUGCUUCUGCAUGGUAGGGAUCCCCUCACGCCUCCUUCGGUCCGCGAAGAGAUGUAAAAAUCGACUAUAGGGCAUUUUUUCAAGUAGGUUGUCGGUCAUUUUACCUACUUGAAAUGGUACUAUUGAGAUUGCAAUUAAAAUUUCGAGUAUUCGCAUCUUUUUCUUUCCAAUAUAAUAAAAAAAGGAUAGACAAACCUACUUUAAUUUAGAACUGUACAACCUCGUGACUUUAGCUAUUGUUUUUUGCAGCGUGCAAUAAAAAUUUUAAUCUUUAAAUUUAAAAUUCAUGUUCCGCCCUUAGGACUAUUAAAAAAAAGAUGCAGAUACUCAAAGUUUAGUUUAGAGGAAACCAAUAGACUCGACGUCACUGUAAUUUUCCAGUUUGGCGUAUUUUUUGGGUUGUUAUACAAACAUCAAAAGAUCUCAGCGCAAUUCUCAGAUAGCAAAAACAUAUACCGGCAGUCGCUGAAUGCGUUGGCCUAAAGUGUACUGGGGCCAUGAAGAUCAAUUGUUUGUCAUGGCGGUGCUAGUGCUCAUCUUGUACAAGUAAUUAUUCCAAAGAAACAGGUUUCAUAACAUUACUAACUGACUAUUCUAAGCUUGGGUAGAAUUUCUGAAAAUCCCUAAUGAUAAGUUAAUGCACUGUAUAUUAUUAGGUAGGUAUAGAUUACAGUUUGGUGUUUUUUAACAUAAUUUAUCGCGAAGCUAUGAGUUCGCACAUACACUUGUAUAGUUAAUAUUUAUAUGCACAAAGUGUGUCGUCCUACGUGUGCAUUUAAAAUAAGUUAUAACUAAUAAGCGGUUAUAUGAUUAGCAAUUAAGCAUUGUAUAACCUCGAGUGUAAAGGUGCAGACAGAUGACUGUGUUGUGGUGUGUUGCAACGCAGCCUGGCGUAUCCAUCAAUCCAUGAAUAGGAUUGCAUGUUACACCCAUGCAAUUACUGCCCCGAGUCCGGCGAUAGCAUAAUGUGAUAACUACACGUGGCAAAAGAAAAUUUAGGUGUUCUACUGCGAAAUUAAAAUUUUCCGAUGAUCAUCACCUUAAUGAUAAGCAAAAUGAAACCACAGAAUUCCAGGUAAUUUCAGUGACUUAUAAUCACUGGUUUUAUUUAGGUUAAUGUUACAUGAUCCUAUAUCUAGGUAUUUAGAUUUGCAACUAUCAAGUGACAGCGCGCGACCAGUGACUAGACUAGAGAAUACGACACACGUCUUCACAUAAAAUGUGUGUCUCACACCACAACACAGUGAUCCGUCUGCAUCUUAAUCAUACUUUUACUACCUAUCUUGUAUUUACUUGGCUGUGUUCAGUAUUGGUGAUUUCUUUCAGCUAGGCUUAAAGAUAGAAAGAAACUACAGUAUCAUUGUUUGCGAACCUACGUACUAUUUAAUGUAUUUAUUACACCGAUCGCCGUCUGUCGAGUUACAACACACCACAACACGGUAAUGUGUUUGCGCUUUAAGGCUGAUAUCUACAGAGCGUAUUUUUUAUUUUUUUUUAUUUUGCUCACAUCUACACAGCUUGAUUUUGCUCACAGUUGAAACAAGACAGAUUUUCGUUUCAUUUUUUUUUAAGUCUGAGAAAUGUCAAAGUACGCUCUAGCGAUUUCAGCCUAACUUGCGCCUUGAUUGAUUUAUUGCCAUAUAAGUACUUUAAGUAUUUUUUUUAUAAAGAAUAUUAGCCAUCGUGACUUAUACUCCCCUUUCCCCUCCAACUAAUCUUUAAGCUUGUGCUAGGAGUGGGUACGACAAUAGUGCAACGGGUGGCAUUUGAACCGCCGACCUUUCGGAAUUCAGUCCGCUCCUCAACCGUUGAGCUAUCGAAGCUCUAAGUACCUAUUGAAUGUAACUUGUUUAUUUUGAAUUAGAAUUUAAUUUUCUACAUCUGCAUUAAAUGUUUUACUUACUGUAAAUUGUAAUUAAUGUUUUAAACAUUAAACAAUAGUUUAAUAAACACUAUCUAUAAUAAUUCUGUUGUAAAUUAUCCACAUUAUUAAAGAUAUGAUAAUAUUUAAUACCUGUGUAAAGUAUGUAUGAUAAAAUUUAUUUUAUGUCUGUAUUACUGUUAACAGAUAGGUAAAUAAGUUGAAUUUAUUCACUUAGUUUGUUUGGAAGUUUUAAGUUAAACUUUCACGCGCACUUUCACAUAAAAGUAUUCAACUUAGUACAUUUUGAAUGUGCAUUUUUAAUUUGUAAUAAGUACCUAAUUCUAAAUAUAUUGAAAUAAAUGUAUAUAUUUUUAAUUAUCUUCAGCAAUCGUUUACAUAAGUAAUCGGCAUAGUGCAACCAUAGCGGUUGUCACAAAGAAAUGUGUUUAUCAAAAAAGAUUUUCUACCAAAAGCGAAUUUAUAAAACAUAUUGCAAUAAAAUAUGUUUAUCU